CUCACUUCCUCCCUUUUAUGAGCAAAAUUAACCACAAAGUGCAAUUUGAAGAUAACUCGUUUGGAAAAAUUGCAUGCCUCUAUUUGUACGUUGCCGUUUGUUUCUCAUUGGGAGUGCCUCCCCGUUUUUUGUUUGUUCCAUCUGCUGUUCCUUCAUCUGCCGCGUUGCCUUGCCCACCCCUUUUUUUUUCCGUUGCAACUGUAAGUGCUGCGUGCAGAUCUACUUUGCGGCACUGCUCGUCGCGGAUGACGCGUUUGGCCGACGCGUUUGACUGACGCGUUCGGUUAGGCGCCCUUCAGGUGUAUGUCCGUUGGUGCACAUCCCCCCGUGAGCGCCUUUCCACUUGUAUGCCCCACUUAGAACAACGGGUUUGCCCACCCAUCCCCACGCACCCGCGCAGCAGCUCCACCCCACGGCAAGCACACGAGGGGCGUGUAGCAAAACGAGCUGGCGCAGAGCGGAAAGAAACGACAAGGGGAACCCCAAGAGAGGCCACAAGGGGAACCGCAAAAGAGACCACAAGGGGAACCCCACAAGUGACACCAAGCUGACCCCACCGCGCAAGCACCCCCACUGGCAAAAUGAAAAAGGACAAAACGAAGGAGGAGCUAAAGGAAAGCUACGAAAAUUACCUGAGCUUCAACGAAGAUGCGAAGAAAUGGUUUUACAGUAAAAUUGAAAAAAAUAAAAUGAUGCACAUACAAGAAAAAUACGACUCCUUCCUCAAGUCCUACGAAAACAAAAAGAAACAUGUCACGGAAAAAUAUAACUUAAAAAAAUACUUAACCAUAAUUCAUAAUUUGCUGCUAUUAUGCUUCAUCACUUUUGACAUUUUUUUUAACUUCCUCAAAGUGUGUGCAAAAAAUGGGAAGCGCUUUUUACACAACCCUCUCCUGUACAUACACAACGCCAAAAUGGUUGUAAAAAAAAAUAUUUCCUAUGGACUGAAGCUGAUGAAGGCAUAUAAGAACCUGCUCUGCGCCGCUGCUCUAUUUUUGUUGAGGGAGAAGAAGAAAAUCGCCAAGGAAAUCCAAAACGUCCUUCUCUUCCUCUUCCAGCUUUUGAAUUUUUACCUUUUCAAGUCGCUCGAGGCCAUGUACCAGUAUUUUUACUUCAGGUACUGCGACAUUUUCAGGGCCACCAAGUUUUUUAAGGUUUUCGCGUGA